AUGGGACUAUUGAGCAUCAUCCGCAAACAGAAGGCUAAGGACGCUGAGGUCCGUGUGCUCACGUUGGGCCUAGACAACUCAGGCAAGACCACCAUCGUCAAGAAGAUGUUGGGCGAAGACACCCAGGCGAUCUCGCCCACCAUGGGCUUUCAGAUCAACACCAUGACCCACGCAGGCUACACCCUCAACAUCUGGGACAUUGGUGGCCAGACCACGUUGCGAGGGUUCUGGGGCAACUACUUUGACAAGACCAACGUAGUGGUGUGGGUUGUGGAUUGUAUGAGUGUGGAGAGGCUCCACGAGUCGUACACUGAGUUGCGCGAGAAGGUUAUCUUGGAGGAUCGGUUGGUGGGGGUCUACCUCGUGGUGGUGAUUAACAAGAUCGACUUGUGGCAAGGCGAUUUGGAGGCACUCCAACAGCGGGUGGUGGAGGUGUUGGAUCUAGACAACUUGGUAGAACCGGAAAAGUGGACGGUAGCACUCGCCAGCGGCAUCACCGGCGAGGGGUUGGACGAGAUGCUUGACUGGGUGGUCCAGAGAGACUACUGA